CGGCAUACCUGUGCGCGUGUUCCCAAGCUGCCGCCUGCUUCACGUCAGUGACGCAGCGGUUUUGUUUGCCGUUACACCAGCGAUUAGCCUCGAGCUCCGAGAUUUCACCUGUGUGAGUGAGACGCUGAAAGCCGGCUGCAUUCCGUCGUCCCUGGACGUACCGAGGCUCUUCACGUCUCACCCGAAGACGUCCGGCCGGCUGCUGUGGACGUCAAGUCGUUUGCCCGGUUUGAUUUCUCAGCGGAGUCGAGAAAACCCGAGGAGAGGUGUCUCCCCCACAGUGUGUCCCCGCCCACUUCCCACGUCACCAUGGCAACCUUCCCAGAGUACAUCGCUCAAAACGAGGAGCGCGACGGCGUCCGCUUCAGCUGGAACGUGUGGCCGUCCAGCCGGCUGGAAGCCACACGGAUGGUGGUGCCGGUGGCGGCGCUGUUCACGCCUCUGAAGGAGAGAACCGACCUGCCGCCGAUCCAGUACGAACCGGUUCUGUGCAGCCGCGCCACCUGCAGGGCGGUCCUCAACCCGCUGUGCCAGGUGGACUACCGGGCCAAGCUGUGGGCCUGUAAUUUCUGCUACCAGAGGAACCAGUUUCCUCCGUCCUACGCUGGGAUCUCGGAGGUGAACCAGCCGGCGGAGCUGCUGCCUCAGUUUUCCACCAUCGAGUACGUGGUGCAGAGGGGCCCUCAGAUGCCCCUGGUCUUCCUGUACGUGGUGGACACCUGCAUGGAGGACGAGGACCUGCAGGCGCUGAAGGAGUCGCUGCAGAUGUCGCUGUCCCUGCUGCCCCCCACCGCCCUGGUGGGGCUCAUCACCUUCGGCCGCAUGGUGCAGGUGCACGAGCUGGGCUGCGAGGGCAUCUCCAAGAGCUACGUCUUCAGGGGCACCAAGGACCUGAACGCCAAGCAGCUGCAGGAGAUGCUCGGUCUGACCAAACCUUCAGCCGCUCAGGGUCGAGGACCUCAGGCUCCUCAGCAGCCGCUGUCCAACAGGUUCCUGCAGCCGGUGCAGAAGGUGGACAUGAACCUGACCGACCUGCUGGGCGAGCUGCAGCGCGACCCGUGGCCCCUCACUCAGGGCCGGCGGCCGCUGCGCUCGCUGGGCGUGGCCAUGUCCAUCGCCGUGGGCCUGCUGGAGUGCACCUUCCCCAACACCGGCGCCCGGAUCAUGACCUUCAUCGGAGGACCCGCCACCCAGGGGCCCGGCAUGGUGGUGGGGGACGAGCUGAAGACCCCCAUCAGGUCGUGGCACGACAUCGAGAAGGACAACGCCAAGUUCAUGAAGAAGGCUACCAAGCACUUUGAGUCUCUGGCUCACAGAGCGUCCUCUAGUGGUCACGUGGUGGACAUCUACGCCUGCUCUCUGGACCAGACGGGCCUGCUGGAGAUGAAGUGCUGUCCUAACCUGACCGGAGGCUACAUGGUGAUGGCCGACUCCUUCAACACGUCGCUCUUCAAGCAGACCUUCCAGAGAGUGUUCACCAAAGACCUGCAGGGAUCCUUCAAGAUGGCCUUCGCCGCCACGCUGGAGGUCAAGACGUCCAGGGAGAUCAAAGUGUCCGGAGCCAUCGGCCCCUGUGUGUCCCUGAACGCCAAAGGACCCUGUGUCUCAGAGAACGAGAUCGGCACCGGCGGGACCAGCCAGUGGAAGAUCUGCGGUCUGGACCCCAGCACCACUCUGGCUCUGUACUUCGAGGUCGUCAAUCAGCACAACGCUCCGAUUCCUCAGGGCGGCCGCGGCGCCAUUCAGUUCGUCUCUCAGUAUCAACACUCAUCGGGACAGAGACGCAUCCGAGUGACCACAAUCGCUAGGAACUGGGCUGACGCUCAGACUCAGAUUCAGAGCAUAGCGGCGUCCUUCGACCAGGAGGCGGCAGCCAUCUUGAUGGCGCGGCUGGCGGUGUACCGCGCAGAGACGGAGGAGGGCCCGGACGUCCUGCGCUGGUUGGACCGGCAGCUCAUCAGACUGUGCCAGAAGUUUGGAGAUUACCACAAAGACGACCCCAACUCCUUCAGGUUCUCCGAGACCUUCUCCCUGUACCCCCAGUUCAUGUUCCACCUGAGGCGCUCGCCGUUCCUUCAGGUCUUCAACAACAGUCCAGACGAGAGUUCCUACUACAGACACCAGUUCAACAGGCACGACCUGACACAGGCGCUCAUCAUGAUCCAGCCCGUUCUCUACGCAUACUCCUUCAACGGCCCGCCAGAGCCGGUCCUUCUAGACAGCAGCAGCAUCCUUCCUGACAGAAUCCUGCUGAUGGACACAUUCUUCCAAAUCCUGAUCUACCACGGAGAGACGGUGGCCCAGUGGAGGAAGGCUGGAUAUCAGGACAUGCCCGAGUACGAGAACUUCAGACACCUCCUCCAGGCGCCGGUGGACGACGCCCAGGAGCUGCUGCACACUCGUUUCCCCAUGCCCAGAUACAUCGACACAGAGCACGGAGGCAGCCAGGCUCGCUUCCUGCUCUCCAAAGUCAACCCCUCUCAGACUCAUAACAACAUGUACGCCUGGGGCCAGGAGUCCGGCGCUCCGAUCCUGACGGACGACGUCAGUCUGCAGGUCUUCAUGGAUCACCUGAAGAAGCUCGCCGUCUCCAGCGCCGCCUGAACACCCCCCCCCCCGAAAAAACCCCACUCACAGACACAUUUGCGAUGCUGCCUGCGUUACCAUGACAACAGUGAACCUACUAUGAUGCAUAAUCUGCCUUUCCCUAACAGCCAAUCAGAAGCUCCGAAUCUGACCACAGUUUGGAGCGAUGUGAUUGGUGGAGCUCCUCCUCCUCCUAAUUUAAAUGGAUUAUUUUUGCCCUUCUCCUCGUCUCCUCCUCUCCUCCUUCAUUCAACAUUAUAAAUACGCUAAAGUUAGUUUUCAUUUUUUCAAUAAAAUUUUGUUGCGUGAAACUUA